UGUCUGGAGAGUGGACCGACUCACUUCACUCAUUCAAUCGCCCAGAUCUGCCGGCAGUGUUCUGGUCUUUCUUGGACGGACGGCGUUGUGUCUUUUGUGAAAGGAAAACAGAAGGUGGCUAGCGCUCGGUCCAACUCGGCUGAGUAAGGUCGACUCCCUAAUGAAGAUUUCUUGGUUCUCGAGCGGGCUUUGGCUGCUCGCCCAGUUUAUCGCUCUUUGUCUGGGGGACACAAGGUCCCGCAGCUGUAGCGAGGUGCGCCAGGUAUAUGGAGCGAAGGGCUUCGACCCCAGUACUGCGCCUCAGACGCAGAUGUCAGGGGAACAUCUGCGGUUUUGUCCGCAGGACUACACUUGCUGCACCAUUGAGAUGGAAGACUGGUUAUCUCGACAGAGUGAAGCUGACUUCCGGGGAGCAGUGGAUGAAACUAGCCAGUUUCUCCUCUCAACAUUUACACAGCGGCAUCGCAAAUUUGAUGAAUUUUUCCGGGAGCUGUUUGAUGUGGCAGAGAAGUCUAUGAAGCAGAUGUUCACAAAGACCUAUGGGAGGUUGUACGCACAGAAUGCACGUGUCUUCCAGGACUUGUAUACAGAGCUUCGUCGAUAUUAUUCUGGUGCAAGUGUCAGUCUCAGUGAGGUGUUGUCAGAGUUCUGGGCUCGUUUGGUGGAGAGAAUGUUCACCUUGGUCAACCCUCAGUACCAAUUCAGUGAUGAGUAUUUGGAAUGCGUUAGCAAACACUCCGAGCAGCUGAAACCAUUUGGAGACGUUCCCCGUAAGCUAAAAAUCCAGGUCUCUCGAUCCUUUAUUGCAGCACGGGCACUAGUACAAGGCCUGGCAACUGGUAGAGAUAUUGUCAGCAAGGCGUCAAAGGUUACCCCUACUCCUGAGUGUAGACGGGCCCUAAUGCGCAUGUCGUACUGCCCAUUGUGCCGAGGAAUGCCCAGCCUUAAACCGUGCCACUCAUUUUGCCAAAAUGUUAUGAAAGGCUGCUUGGCCAAUCAGGCAGACUUGGAUGUAGAAUGGAACAAUUUUAUUGAAACACUCAAUCAGCUGGCCGAGAAACUCCAGGGCCCUUUCAACAUUGAGCUGGCCACUGACUCAAUUGGUGUCAAGAUCUCAGAGGCUAUCAUGUACAUGCAAGAGAACAGUGUCCAGACCUCAACCAAGGUAUUCCAAGGCUGUGGCAGCCCACGCCCUGCACCUAGCCGAACAAAACGGUCUCCACGAGAUGAAACAAAGCGACGUUUCCGCACCUACACACCUGAGGAGAAACCCACUACAGCAGCUGGGACUAAUCUGGAUCGACUGGUUUCAGAUCUUAAAGACAAGCUGAAGACGAUGCGACGCUUUUGGGCCGCGCUGCCACACAACUUGUGCAAUGAUGACAAGAUGGCAGCUAAUGUUACUAAUGAGGACAAGUGUUGGAAUGGGCAAACACGGGGAAGAUAUUUGCCCGAUGUUACUGGGGAUGGAUUAGUCAACCAGAUCAACAACCCAGAAGUGGAAGUUGACAUUGCAAGACCUGAUGUGAAAACCCGGCAGCAGAUCAUGCAGCUUAGAGUAGCAACAAACCGACUGAAGCAUGCUCAGAAUGGCAAUGAUGUAGACUUCCAAGAUUCCAGUGAAGAUGGUAGUGGCUCUGGUGGGGGUGAGCGUUACAGUGAAGACUGGCCAAUCUCUGGACCUAGCAGCAAUAAUCCCAAUAAGAACUCAAGAACUGAAGCUGGCCAGGGAAAACCUGCUCGUGGGCGAGACAGGCCCAAUAAGUGGAUCCGACCAAACCAGACUCAAGACAGUAAAGGGAAUGGUGGAAUUAGAUGUGCACCGCACUCUGGGGUUAUGGUGCUUCUGUCUAUUGUAUUGCUCUUACAUGCUUUCUCCUAGCAAUAAGGCUGUGGCUAUGCCUUGCUGGACUGGGAUGGGUGGGGGUGCACACCAGCAAAAUUCUGAUUUGGAAAAAAGCACUGAUGGGGGUCGUUACAACAACAAGUUUUUGGGGAAGAGGAGUUCAAGCCACUGCAGAUGUCAUUGUGAGGGGCAACUUGUUCCUCAUGGAGGAGCAGGAAGUGCCAGACCAGAAAAAGACAAACCAUGGUGACCAGCUUGAAAAUGAAACUUUAUGUCUUAAGCUUUUAGAUGGCCUGGCCCUUCCUGCUCUGCAUGCUGUAGCCCCUCUGUGAUCACCUUUUUGUGGGGUAGGGAGGGGAGGGUUUUAAGCUUUGAAGCAAUGUGGCCAAAUGGUUUGUGUUGAUUUUUAAAUUUAUUUAUUUGUAUAUGAGUGCAUUUAAAGUAAUGGGGUAGAAAGAAGACAUUGGGUAUGUUUGAGGAAGAUUGUUGAAAAGUGGCCAGAGAGCGUAAUGGACUGCGUAAGUGAACAGAGUAUGAGGAAGUUGCAUUGAAUAGUAUUGGGUUUUUGUUAUAUGUGUCAGUUUUAGAAGAAAAUGCCUGAUAUGUAUGUUGUGAACUUGGGGGUUAAUUUGUAAAAAGUAUGCAAGAAUGUAGCCGUAUUGUGAUUGUUUUAAAUGGUAAAUGUAGUAAGGAUGUUUAAGAAUGUCUAACUUAAUUACGACUAACCUGAGAGCACAUUUCUAGUUUGACUCAGAUGGCAAUAGUUGUGAGUAUAAACAGAGAUGCAUGGUAGCUAAAUUGAUAAAGAUUGCCUAUUGUCUGUCGAUGGAAUCUGAGUGACUAGUCAUUGGGUUGUCAGUGAUUUAAUGAAAGUAAAUGGGACAGAGUGGAGAACAUAUUGCACACAAGCACUAAAAAGUCUUUGAAACUGCUUCUCAUUAUUUCUGAUUCUUUCUCAGUGGCCUUUUUAAAAUCCCAGCACAGUGUUCUGAGGAAAAAGAAGCCUUCAUAUUUUAUGGUCUUCUCUUCUUGUAUGCAUAAAUUAUAGCCUUACAAAUGACAUGUCUAAAUUAAGAAUGGCUACUGGGUUUCAUGUGUAGGCAUAUGUAUGAGAUUGGAUGUGAAAGCCCCCAAAUAUACAGUAAGUAGUUGCUAAGUUAGGAUCUUGGGCUUAGUUGUUGUCCUCUGUUGUGUUAUUCUUUAAAACAGUAGUGUGAAUGUAUUGGGUAUGGGGUGGUGGACUGGCAUCAUGUAUGCAGUUUUAAUACUUACAGGCGAAUGAAUGAUACAUAGUGUGUAUGGCAGAAUGUGUGAACUUAUUUGGUUUUAUGUUUUAAAAAAUGCUAUUUAUUUAAGAUUGUUUUAUCCCCUCAAGCGCAAUAAAUCUGUUCUACAUUGGAGCUUGGGAAGGUUAACAGAAAGAGAAGGUGCGGUGAAGAGAAUUCUAGAAAGUAUUAUGGUGGUAAAGAGUUUAUGGGGUGCAGAUGCCUGUAUAUACAAGUUUUAAAAAGUUAUUUAAAUAUUGCCAUGGAGAUCAAAUUUAAGAGGUCAGGAGUGGUGGGAUGUGUUAUGGUGGUAAUGAGGGUGCAGAAGCGUGUAUAUACAAGUUGUUUAAAUGUGGCCACGGAGAAGGGUAAAUGUUUUUUUUAAUAUAAAUUUGUAAUCACUUCAAAAUAAGUCUUGCAAGAUGCAUCAGUAUUAAUAUAAUGACAGGUGUUAAAUAUUGGGGCAGUGUGAGACUAGAACACAGUGUCAUAAUGGGAUGGGCAGGGUUGAUGGGUGGGAUGUAAGUUGGAUUGGCACAUUCCAAAGUGGAAUGGGAAAAAAAUAGCACAACUUGUUUCUUUGUAACAAUUUAUUGGUUUUUAUUGUAUGUUUCCACAUUUUAUCUAUAAGCCAAUGAUUUUUUAAAUUACAUUUUUUGUAUUUAAUUUAUUGUUCAUGGCAGUAAACAACAGAAUAAUGUCUGCCUGAAAGAGCCUUGAUGCCCAUUGAUUGUGGAAGAAGGUUUAAUGGUCUUUUUUGCUACUGUACUUUAUAAAUAAUGUAUCAUUAUACACGGUGAACUCAGCAGUUUUCUGCUUCAAAUGAUUGUUGCCUCUUAAGGGCCAAAUUGUAUUGACUGAUGAUGCAUGUACAUUUUUUUUUGUGUGUAUGGCUAAGGGAACUUGAAUCCAAGAUACAUUGUCUGUCAGAAAAGUGAACGUAUACACUAGUCAUAGGUGAGCCCUGUCCUAAGGAGCUGUAGUAUGUGCUGGCUAGUGCUUAGUCUGUGGCUAACUUCUCUUUUAACGGAAUGUCUUGUUUAAUUACACUCCUUGAUAUCAAAUAUUUUCAUUUUAAUUUGUCUAUUUAACUAUUAAUUUUAUACAGAAAUGGAUCUUGUUUGAGAAUUGUUUUGAAGAAUGUUGAGACAUUCUGUAUGCUUUACAUAAAUGGAUUGAUUAUACAACGUACUGUAAAAGCUAUAGAGUACCAAAGUACUUAUUUGUAGGCUUUGUGUCAUUUAGAAUUUAGUCUGUGAAAAUGCAGCAAAAAUGACUCUCACCACCUGAAAAUUUUAAAGGAAAAAUGUAAAUUGAAUAAUUGUAAUCUUUGAAUACAGCAAAUAUCUUUUACCCAUAUUUCUUAGAAAGUAAUCUAUUAAAUAAUUGUAAGGUUAAGUGCAUCUGAGCAAGGCAUUCAGUUAAGAAGUGGUCAGAAUGGAGUGCGACUGUGAAGGUGGUUCCUCCUUUUGAGUAAAAACAGAAGGUUCUCAUGUGGUUUUCAUGGUGGGUUGUUUUGGUGGUGCUGUUUAGGGAUUAUUGGACUUACCCAUAUUGUAUUCUUAUCCAGGUAAAUUUUACAAGAACCGUAUAGUACUUCGUAACCCUAAAUUUGGCUGAAUGGGUUUCAGAAUGGCUGGGGGAUUUCUAAGUAAAGCUCACAUUUCACAAUUACAGACGUAAUAAGUGAAAGAUGCUGAUAAAAAUCACAUUUUAGCUGUUAUGCUUGAUAAAAGUUCAAUAGCUUAAAGCUGGUAUUUUUUACUGUUUUUAUUUGAGUGGAAUUGUCUUUAUUUUUAUUUUUUUGUUUUGCAUACAAACUUUUAUAUAAUUCUUGUCUAAAUCCUUAAUAACAGUAUUUAUUUGUACAGUGCCUCAGACCUAAUCACCACCAAAACAACACCCCAUGUUUGUUUUUCUCAGGCAGGUUCUUCUUCCUACACUUUUUACUUUGUAUAGACGUUUUUCUAACUGCACAUUUAUUUUGAAAUACAGUACACUGCAUCUAUAAAUUGAAUGCAUGUCCUGUCUUUGUUUCUUAUAAUUAGGGAAAAUGAAAUUAUAGCACAUGUAUGGGAUUUUCUAUUCACCCUACAUUAGUUUUCCAGUUGGUUCUUUACAUUUUUAAAAAGUCCUUGAAUAAAAUACACAUACAUAUUUUGACAAAGGUA